AUGAGCUUCUACCCAUUGGAUCCAUGGACAGGUCAAGCUUCUGCAGCUAGGAAGAAAAAGAGCACGCAGAAACUGAUUGAACUCUCGAAGGAUGUCAAAUGGAGACAUUAUAUUUUCCCAGACUUUACAGUGGUUUAUGGGUUACGUUUGGGGGAUUUGAGUUCGUUUCCAUGUAGGGAGUAUAGUGUUUCAGGGUUUGAGUUGUAUAUUGUUGAGCAAUGGGUUUAUGAACGUAGGCCCACGGUGGUGAUUGUAUCAUAUACCGGAAGUAAGCAAGAUGUGAUGCAUGGAAUUCGAAUCACGUUGCCUGAGGAUUUGAAUAUGUGGCCGGAGGAUCUCAGCGGGUAUUAUCAGCAGCUAGCAAGCUACUGUACUUUGAAAGAUAUAGAUGCUUUUACCUCGGUGUUCAUAACGGACUUGUCGCAAUUUCCGUCGACAUUGAACCUUUUGCAUGUGGAAUUUGGCAAUAUGAAGGAUAUAUGGUUUACGCAUAAAGUUAACUUCAAUUUGAAGAGAUUAAAAUGUAUCGGAAGAUCAGCUCUAUCUCUUGCAGAUCCUCCUGAUGCGUCUUUGGAAAAGUUUCUGCAGUUAUACAUGCUUCCUAUGAGGGACAAGGAUCAAGCGAUGAAGAGUGUGGUUACGCUAAUCACACUGGUUCAAAUAUCCCUAUGGUAUUUUGAGCUUUUGAGACCAGAAUAUAAGGAUGGUAUAUAUUGUAAGCAUACAGAUGAAGCAUUAGACCAAUGGUGGUCCAUAUACGGUACAGUAUAUUUAGGGAUUGAUAGACCCCGAAAAGAAGGUUCUUUGGGGCCUAGUACAAUAUGUGGGUUAAUUAGUUUUGUUUUGAGUUGUUAUUUUAAGUUUGUUGUCAAGGAUGUGAGCUCUUUAAAGGAUCCUUUUGAUGAAGAAUCGUUCCGUACUGCGGUGUACAACUUCCAAAAGAAACAUGGAUUAGAGAAGACCUCUUUCUUGAAUUUCAUCACUGUGACUAAGUUGUUCGAAGUGAGUUCAAAGAUAUCAAAUACUGAUAUUUUUAAAUUUAGGAAGGUUGUAAAGUCUACUGUGCAAGACAUCGCUGGUAAAGGUAAUCCUAUUCAACUAUCUAGUGAAAUCUUAACAACAGAUCUUAGUAAACUCAUAUCCCAUCUUCAAAGUGGCGGGUAUAUUAAAGCCUUUUGGAAGGCAAAAUUAGAUCCAGAAUGUCACUUUCCAAAAGUUGAUUUUACAAAAGCUAACUACGACAAUACGAAGUACUUCAUCGAUCCAGUUGAAAAUUUUGGCGAUAAACCUGGUUUGGAAGUAUCCGCACAGAGUAAUUCCUCAAAUAAUAUUGAGCAUACAGAUUUGCUUAAGGUCGGUGAAUGCAAGGUACCAUUACAAGUUGAUACUAGUGUUUGGACUAAACAUAUGGAUAUCAUUGAUACUGUUCAUUUUCAAGAAGAAAUAUUCAGGCGUGCAUCUUUUUCAUCAGUUAAAGAGACUAUAGGUACUGGUCAGUUGACCUGCAAUUACAAGGACAAAUGUUUGUCACGUCAUAAACUUCAACGUUCUUCCAGUUUUUCAAUAGUUGAAGAUGUAGCUUAUGAAUGGACAAUGCCAUUUGAACCCUCUGUCGUGCGUAUAGCACGGGAAAUAAUGAAAGCACAAUCAAUUGCAAAUUCCAGGUUUGAUAGAUAUUCUGGUGACUAUAAAAUAGUAGCUAUUAAAUCAGGAAUAUUAAGAAUUGGUAAUCUUUCGAAUCAAAUUAACGUUGAUAUGUCCACAUUACAAAGUCAUCAGAACAUGUUAUUAAAAAAGCAUGAACAUUUACAAAAGAGCAUGCAAGAAUUGGAUUCUCUUGCAGCAAGGUUCAACUACGAUAUUAGGAUAUUGGACAUAAGGAUGAGGGAUAUCAAUGAAAGUAUUUCGCAACUUGGAUCAAAAUUACAAAAAGUUGAAAAUUAUAUAAAAAAUCAUCCAUCUUACAUGUUGGACCGAGUAGACACCUUAAAGACUACCUCAGAAUUUGAAAAAGAAGCUCAAAGGAUAUUUGAGCUAGAAAAGACACGGUAUAACGGUCUCGUCGUUGGACUUUUAAAGAGGGUUGUAUAUCCACAAUUGCGACGAGAUUGGAGCAAAUCGUGGAUGUGGAGAUGGCUUUUUAGGGAUCAUAUAAAAGGUGUUUAA